UUUUUCGAACCUAAAUGAUCCCGUGAUCCGAGCAGUCUGCCUGCCUUGUCUUCAGCUGCUCUGAGCUGAAGGGGACAUGUAGCUCACCCAAAGCUCCUGCUGUCCUGCCUGGCUGCAGGGUGUGCCCAGCCUGGUCUCUGCCGUGCUUCCACCAAAGCAUGGUGUGUUUGCCAUAGAUUUCUUGGGAUGACUUGGUGCUGACAUGGUGUCUUUGGAAGCAGCCUCAUGGUUGGAAUGGGAAGACUGGGCACUACAGUCCAGUUCUGCAAUCCCAGGCAGACAGCUCUUGCCACAGUGGUGCCGCAGCUGGGCAUGGUACCCCUGGGUGGGGGAAAUCUGGUCCUGUAGGGGAUCACAACAUGGGAACGGCACUUAAGUGCCGUUAACAGCCCCAAAGAAAUGGAGUGGUAUUUUGGGGUGGUAUUGGGGUUUCUCAGAAGGGUUUGCUCCUUCUGGAAAGAGCUUCUCUUAAAGCAACAUGGCCAAAAGGAGCCAGGACUCCUGCAAAACUAAGCCUGGUCUCUGGUGGGCAGAGCAACCUGGCCUGCAGGACAGGCAAUCCCCUGCUCCUUCCCACAGAGGCCACCACCUUUUCUUUCUCAUGUGGAGGACCAGCUGAAGCAUCCGGGUCCCUCUGGGUCUGGGCUUUGCUGGGGUUGUACCUCUUUCUGGAGUGGGAGCUUGCCUACCACGAAGAGCUUUCCUGGGAAUCUUGACGCCAUGGCUGUGCCAGAGGAGCUGUGUUCCCCAUGCCCAGGCUGACAUGCUUUUUUCCAAGCCUGUGCUGUGCUUUCCAAGGCCCUCAGGAGACAGCACUGCCAGCAGAGCACCCACAUGAGGCACCCACUGCUGCACGGGUGUACCCUGCCAGGGAGACACUGACCUCAGCCUCAGCUUCAUCCUCAGGGGAGCUCUGAACCAUCUGGGCUCUUCCACAUGAUCCAGCCACCUGAUUUCCCAUGUAAAUGCUUGCUCUUUUCUUUCCCAGCUCAUAUCUCUGGUCAGAGUGGUCAGUGCCCACUUGGGCUACUCCCUAUCAGCGCUGCAAUGGCAGCAGGAGGAGGGGAAUCCCUGGGAAGGAAUGGCUGAGGGACAGGACUGUGGGUGAGGGGCCUGAUCCUGCCAGCGCAUUGCCGUGCUCAGCCCAGUGCUGGCUCAGAGACAUGGCCAAGCCUCCCCCGAGUGCCCUCCCUGCUCCUUGGCAGAGGUUCUCCUGCCCCAGUUACUUCACACAAGCCAGCUGGAGCCCAGCCAGUCACCACAGGCUGGCUCCAUGCCCAUCUCUCUCCAUGUUUCUCCCUUCUGUCCCACACCACGUGCUGGAUCCUGGGAGAUGAGCAAUGCCAGGGAUCCCACCAUGGAUUGCUGACAGUUUACAGUCAUCAUCCCCCUUGUGGUCAUUUCCAACCCCAUGAGAGGUGUGUCACUGCUCCUUUGGGAACAUGGCAGGAGACAGGACUGCUGACAGCUGGGACAAGCUCCAUCAGCCUGGGGCAUCACCUGGGAUGUGGUCAGGUCACCCGGGGCAUGGGCAGCCCUGUGUUCUGAAGGUGGUAGGAGGACAAAUGAGAAGCUCUGCAGGUGGAGUCCAGUCUGGCAGUGCUGGACACAGCUCCUGGGGAGAAGAACUAACCCCAGGGCACUGCUGGGCAUUGAAGCACUUGGAUCAUCAGCCUGUAGGAAUCCCACUGCAGUGGUCUUCCCUUUGGGUGCUGGGAGAGCAGACCAAUUGCUGUGCAGAGCCAAGUGGAAACAGGUCAGCUGAUCCCAUUUUUCAAGCCAACACAAGUCUGAGGCAGGAUGACCCAGGUUUGACCUCUCGGCAACUGGGAUUCACCCCUGGUGAGUGCUUUGCCUUUACAAGUGCAGCCAGGUGCUCUCCAGGAGCCCAUCCUUCCACCCUCUGAGACAAGACUCAUCCCAGGGAGCAUAUGCUGGAGCUAAGCCACCAGGGACUGUGCCAUCCAUAGUAACUUGGAGGCCAGGCACCCCUGAGAACCUUAAGGUGCUGCAGGGCACAUGUUCUUCAGGAAGCCUCAGUAAAAGGCCAGAUGGGCAGGUCUCCCUGCUCAAAUGCUUGCCAAGUGGUGUCGGCUUUUCCUUUGCACAAGUUCCGGGUGUUUGUGCUCAUGGAGCUGAUUAUCUCCCUGUUUCCUCUCCUGCCUGAUGUUUCCUGCCUCCCUCCCUCCCUCCCUUUUGCUGGUUUUGCCCUUUGUGUCAGGCUUAUUUCCUGGCUCUGGGAAGUGUCAGACCUCAAUGUCCCCCCUGCCCACUGGGAUGGGAGCACAUAGCCCUGUGUCCUUUCACUGGGUGCACUACAGUGCCCCCAGGAGACAGUUGAAAUUCUAGCUCCCCCUGACCAGCGAGCACAGGCAGGUUUGGACAGAGUAAGUGUGAUUUAGGAUCCAUCUCUUUUACCAGCUAAUCCAUCUCUAUUCUGAAGCUGGGGCACAGGUGCCAGCAUUGGUUCCAGCACUGGGGAAAGCUGGACAACUCCUUGAGGGACUCUACUCAUCCUGAGGCUGCACAGGGUUAUAGAAACAUGUCUGGGGACUUCCAGAGACCAUGGGUGGGGAAGCUGUCACCCAGAGCAGCUCAGACAGCCUCCCCCAGCCUCUCUGGAGCCAUAGUAACAUCUGGGGGCAAACAUCUUUCUGCUCCAGGAAGCCCAGCAGCUCUCUAGGCUCCAGGGAUUGACCUCAGUGGUGGGAAAGGCCAACAUUUCCCAGGGUCUUCCAGCAGCUGCCUUAUUCCAGACCAAUAGCCACUGGCAAAGACGUUGCACCAGGAGCUGGAGUCAGACAGGUCUGUUGGUUGGGGUAGGAGCAAUGAGGACAUCCAGAGUUCUGACCUGACUUGCCAGGAUCAGGGCAAGACCCAUUUUGAGAGACACCCUUGCAGACCCGAGUGGGGCAAAUGGCAGCAGGCAGAGCCUCUGUGAAAGGCAAAGGCUGCUACAGGAGGAGAGGGUCAAAAAACGGAAACAAAACGGAAAAGGGCUGCUCCUGUGACAGCGAUGCAGCUGCGGAGGUGGAGCAGCGGGCAGGUCACAAUCAGCUGCGCACGAGGAAGUGCUGGGACACCAGCCAGUGUGGCCAGGCUGCAGCAGCUCCAGGUGCGGCAGAUCUUUGUUGAGAAGGACCAGGAGCAGAGGCAACCAGAACUGCAGGGACCUCAGCCAGGACCUGGAGAUCCCCUUUGCAGGAGUCGUCUUCCAGCCAAAACUUCCUUCUGUCAAGCUGGUUGGAUCCUGUCUUGUGCUUCCUCUGGAAGCCCCCUGGUCUGCUGGGGGGCACCAUGGAGACAGCAGCUUUACCAGCUUCACACAGACUUAACCCAAACCCCUAAUAAGGGGUUUGGAGGAAAUCCACCUUGGGGAAGAAAACUGCGACACUUCACCAGCUUCGUUUGACCGACUGGGAUUUAAUCAAACCCCGUGAUGUCCAGAAGUGCUCCCUGGGGAAGUGGAAAUCAGACAGAACAUCUCAGCAGCCUUCUCCAGAUUGUCAUCUUCUCACACAACUGAGCUCUGCCAAAUUGUCCCCACUUCUCAACUGGCAAGGUGGGGAUAUCAGUGUCCCAUCAGCACAGGCUGGGCUGUGCCCUCCCUGGUGAUGACCACCGAGUGACACCUUUCCUGAGCGUCAGUGUCCCUGCAGGAGCAGAGGGCGGCCCUCCAGGUCACACUCAACGAUGUCACUGUCUGUGCGCCCGCAGCGCCGAGUCCUCGUCACCAAGAUCAAUAGGAGCCAGUCCUUCGCCGGAGUGAACUCAUCGGCCGACCGGCCCUUCAGGAAUCUCUCACCUUUCACCCCCACUGUCUCCCGCAAGACUGGCUCCAGGGUCAGUAGGAUGUUCUCAAUGUCCCACAAGUCCCCACCACCUAAGGUGCCUCAGCCCAACCGCCUGGACGAGGUGUACGAAGCUCUCAAGAAGGGCCUGACAGCCUACCUGGAGGUGCACCAGCUGGAACUAGAGAAGCUCAGCACACAGAUCCGUGAGUCCAAGAGGAAUUCACGCCUGGGCUUUCUCUACGAUCUGGAUAAGCAAGUGAAGUCAAUCGAGCGCUUCCUGCGUCGCCUGGAGUUUCAUGCCAGCAAGAUAGAUGAGCUGUAUGAGGCUUACUGCAUCCAGCGGCGGCUCCGUGAUGGAGCCCACAACAUGGUCAAGGCUUACAGCACAGGCUCGCCAGGCAGCCGGGAGGCACGCGAGAGCCUGGCCGAGGCCAGCAAGGGCUACAAGGAGUACACAGAGAACAUGUGUCUGUUGGAGAAUGAGCUGGAGAGCCAGCUGGGCGAGUUCCACAUCCGGAUGAAAGGAUUGGCAGGCUUUGCCCGGCUUUGUGCUGGUGACCAGUAUGAGAUCUUCAUGAAGUAUGGACGGCAGCGGUGGAAGCUGCGAGGGCGCAUUGAGGUGAACAGCAAGCAGGUGUGGGACAGCGAGGAAAUGGUUUUCUUGCCCCUCGUCACUGAGUUCCUCUCCAUCAAGGUGACGGAGCUAAAGAGCCUGGCCAACCACGUGGUGGUGGGCAAUGUGUCCUGUGAGACCAAGGACCUCUUUGCAGCUCUGCCCCAGGUAGUGGCUGUGGAUAUUAAUGACCUGGGCACCCUCAAACUCAGCCUGGAGGUGACCUGGAACCCCUUUGACAAGGACGACCAGCCCUCGGCAGCCAGCACUGUCAACAAGGCUUCCACGGUGAACAAGAGGUUCUCCACCUACAACCAGAGUCCGCCUGACACGCCGUCCCUGAGGGAGCAGGCAUUCUAUAACAUGCUGCGGCGCCAAGAGGAGCUGGAGAACGGCACAGCCUGGUCCAUCUCCUCUGAGUCCUCAGAUGACUCCUCCAGCCCCCAGCUGUCCAGCAGUGCCCGCCAUGCCACACACAAGCCCAUCGUGCAGCCUGAGGUGCAGGCCUCCGCCCCUGCCAUCGAGAUCUCCUUCUCUCAUCAACCAGAGGAAGCUGACGCCGUGCUUGGGGCCAGUGGCAGCAGUGUCCCCUCUGCUGGGAGCCAGCUGGAGGAGCCAAGCAGCCAUAAGAAGGAGACAGUGGCCAAUGGGCAUGUGCCCUACUCCCGGACUCUGAGCCACAUCAGUGAGGCCAGUGUGGAUGCCACGAUGGAGAUCAAGACUGUGGAGAGCCCUUGGGAGCCUGCGCCCAGCACAGAGGACACAGGGAUGGGCAAGCAAGAUGACCACCCUCUGCCUGGUGCUGCAGUAGCAGCUGCUGUGGCAGGGCAGGACAGGGCCACUGAGGCCAAACCUCGUGCCUCCGUGGCAUGGGCCACCUCCUGCGAGGAGGAGGCUGGCAGUGCAGAGCCAGUGCAGAGCCAGGCGCCAGCAGAGAGUGACUAUGGCACUGGGAUCCCUACAGCACUGGCACAAGCCUGUGCAGAAGAGAGGCCCAUCCCAACCCCAUCACUGCCCACCAGCAUCCCUGAGGUGCCACGGGGGAAGAUGGUGGAUUCAGGUCUGGAGGAGGCAAUUGGCCUCCUGGGCUCAGCUCUGGAUGACUAUCGGGGACAGUUCCCAGAGCUACAGCCCCUGGAACGGGAGCUCAAACAUCUGGAGGAGAUGCUGCUGCAGAAGCAAGGCGUCUUCCUCAGCCGGGCCUCCAGCAUCAGCCUGACAGUGGAGCACGCGCUGGAGAGCUUCAGCUUCCUCAACACCUCUGACAUGGAGGACUCAGAGGGCUCUGAGGAGGAGCCUCUCCAAGAUGAGAGGAGGGCUGGCAGAGCCCUGCGCAGCACCAGAGCCCCCAGCGCUGGCGAGAUGGGGGCAGAUGACACCGGAAUGUGCAGUGGUUCUGAGGCCAGCACUGACCCCAUGAGCACCGGCAAUGAGUUCCUGGAUAAGGCUCUGGUGCUUCACCUCAACAACUGCAACCGGCUGCUGCUGAAGCUGGGCACCUUUGGUCCUCUGCGGUGCCAGGAGAUGUAUGCCCUGGACAGGCUGCUGCGGGAGUCGCAGGUGCUGGAGAUCGUGUGCCAGCUGACGGAGGAGCGCGCAGGAGCAGCCAGCUCAGCCGCUGAUGUGGUGCAGUUCUCAACACGGAAGGAGGGCGUGCUGCCCCUUUGGGACCUGUGUGUGGAAGUGCCCAAUGUCUACACCUGCCCCGUGGAGCGGUUCCUGCAGGUGCUCAGUGCCCAGUAUGCAGCUCCCAUCAGUGACCAGCACUCUGGUUUGGCUGAUACUGUGUGCGUGAAACUGGUGGAGGAGGUGCUGAAUCGGCGGCUGCCCCGGCGGCCCGGCAGCGCCCAGAGCGAGCAGGUCACCAUCUUCCAAUACUGGAGCCACUUUGAGUCACUUGGUCCCCUAGUGCUUGACACCUAUAUGAUGGAGCUGGCAGAGGAAGCACUGCUGGCACAGAACCUCAACUCGGACGACCAGGACGUGGUGCUGCGUGCCCUGAAGCGCAUGCCCGAGGGCCGCCUGAAGAAGGAGGGCCUGAAGGCGCUGAGCCUGCUCCUCGUGGAGGGCAACAGCAAGGUGGUGAGCGCCGUGUCAGCCCAGCUCCGCAGCCUGGCAGAAAACCCCCGCUUCCGCCAACGGGCCCUCGUGUGUUUCCUGGAGCAGCUGGAGGAUGAGGAGGUGCAGACACGUGUGGCAGGGUGUGCAGCGCUGGGCUGCUUGAAGGCCAAGGAGAGCAUCGAGCAGCUGGUUUACCUGUGCCAAACCGACAAAGAGCCUGUGCGGGAGGCAGCCAAGCAGAGCCUGAUGCUGUGUGGGGAAGACGGUAAAUCAGCUCACCGGCGACUGGAGGAGACCCUGGAUAGCCUCCCACGGAUCUUUGCACCAGCCAGCAUGGCCAGUACAGCUUUCUGAGACCCACGCACACCCACCUGCCAUCCCUGAGGGCAAAGGCACUGCUGGGCCACCCGGGCUUGCACGGACUGGGGACCCGGCAGCUCCGCUCCCGGCAGCACACCACAGUAUUACCCCACCCGCCGGCAGCUCGCCAUGGCCGCACACUGCCUUACGGAGCACCGCUUCCCUGUCCCCGGCCACCGGCCCCACGGGUGCCACCUCCACACCACUGGGCAGGGGGCUCGCUGCACAUCCCACCCUCUGAUCGCUAUUUAAAGUACCCAGGGAGUCCACCCUUCCUGCCCCCCUCGUCCGCUACAGCUGCCAGGACUGGGGUGGUGGGGAGAGGUACCGGAUUUCUCUGCCUCCUCUUGCCUUCCUCUUGCUUGAGGGCAUGCGCCCUGUCCCGGAAGGACCUGGAAGGACCUGCACUUUGGAAACCUCGCUGUUUCUUUCCAGGAGCUGUCAGGGCCAUGGGGACUGCUGCCCUCUGCCACCUGGAGUCCCCAGGACUUAAAUAAAAUGAAAUAUAAGAUAUUAAUAUAUUCUGCUGGCGUUUCUUCUUUCCAGCUCCACGUGCUCCUGUCCCUCCCUGGCUUGUGGCUUUAGGGAGUGUAGUGAGAUGUGGCCUCAGCCCAGAGCCUUUCCUGGCCUGUUGGAAAGUGCUGUGGAGGGCAGGGGCAGGAGGAGCGAUAGAGGGAUGGACAGACGGAUGGACAGAAGCUGCCACCUUUUUUGUUUGUUUUGUUUUAUUUUAUUUUUUAUUUACAGAUUUUUGCAGAAAAACAAAAGCAAAAAAUUCUUUUCUAUAUUGUCUCUAUAAAUCUAUAUAUAAUGUAAUUACAGAGAAUGACUAAUUUUGAUUUUAAAGCAGAAAUAAAAACCUUUAAAGAGCA